GGAACACAGUGAGUAACCUGAUUUUCAUUCUACCUCCCAUCUAUGGUGUGAUUCAGACCUAUAAAGAUGGCCUUGAAAAACGAUAUUUAGCAGCAUAUUUGUGUCUUACAGCUGUGGGAUUGGGAUCCUGGUGCUUUCACAUGACUCUGAAGUAUGAAAUGCAGCUGUUGGAUGAACUGCCAAUGAUAUACAGUUGUUGUGUGUUUGUCUACUGCCUGUAUGAAUGUUUCAAGUACAAGAAUACAGUCAAUUACCCACUGCUUUUCUUGUUGAUAACGUACAGCUUCAUAGUCAGCAUAGUUUACUUAAAUUUGAAAGAGCCUGUGUUCCAUCAGAUCAUGUAUGGAACCCUAGUUUCCAUUAUAGUUCUACGAUCUGUUUAUAUAGUAUUAUGGGUAUACCCAUGGCUUAGAGGUCUAGGCUAUACAUCUUUAACUGUAUUUUUAAUGGGAUUUUUUCUCUGGAAUGUGGACAACAUUUUCUGUGAUAAAUUGAGAGCACUACGAGAGAAGAUGCCUCCUGUUGUGGGUGCUGUGACACAGUUUCAUGCGUGGUGGCAUAUUCUCACAGGCCUGGGCUCUUACCUUCAUAUCCUGCUAAGUUUAUAUACAAGGACACUUUUCCUGAAGCACAGGCCAAAGGUGAAGUUUAUUUUUGGAAUAUGGCCUGUUCUUCUUGUGGAGCCACCUAAGAAGCUUUGACCAAGACCUAGGGAGUCUCAUCAAUCACCUGGUCUGGCUGAAUAAAGCAAUUCAACAGUUACUGUGGCUGAAGUGUCAAAAUUAUGGAUCAAUUCAAGUCCCAUUGCUAUAAAAGGACUUCUUUGUGUUACUAGGCCAGCUGGCCAGAACAGAACAAAGAGUUGGCACACUAGGGAAAUAAUGUCUAGGACAGCUUUAUUCUAAGUUGUUAAAACAAAGAUUGAGACACAAUAUUUUUAUGUAUAUAUUGUAUAGCUGAUGAUACAGAGCUAAUAUUUCGUGCUGGUCACAGAAAACUAACCAUUUUUGAAGUGGAUUGCAUACGUUUUUCAUUCAGUUGUUGUUCUUUCUGUGGUUUAAACUAGUAUUAGUAACUGAAAGACAAGAACAGGCCAUUGAUGGCCAAGCUAAGCACUUGUGUGGCCUAUAGUGAACUGAAUGCUUAACCUGAACUACUUUAAUCUUUGCACUUUUAUACAAUUAAUGAAGUAUGUCAUUAUUAUUUUAGGCCUUUAAUCUAUCUUGCUUUUCCACAUUCUCCUUUGCAAUUUAUAUUUUAAGCAAAACAGUUGGGAUACCUGUGCCAUUUGGUUCAUUUUGUACCUACCAAGCUUC